GACCACCAUUUUUGUUUGGACAAUGGAGAAAUUACUUUUGCAUUCUUAACGAAUAUGUUUAUAAUUAAGCAAUAAACACCGGCCUGAAAAUGUUUAAUUGCAUGACGAAAAGCAUAUGUGAAAGCACAUUUGGCAAGCAGCCACUACAAAUUCGAUAAAAAGCUGUAUCUCUCUCGCGUACAGGUUAAGCAACAGCUGUUAAAAACAAAGAAACAAAACAAAAGAUAUCUAAAAACACACCGCAAAUAUGUUCAAUGGUAUGGUUAAAACCAUACGCGAAAGCAUAGUGGGCACCUACCCAUCCUGCCAUGUGAACUCUCGUCUGGAGGAUCGCAGGGCCAAGCAGCGAGCAAUGCGCCAGGAGCGCAGACGAAAGCCGGAUAAGCCCGAUGAUUUUGUUACCUACGAGGACUCUGGUAGCGAUGAGGAGACGCCCCAACAGCAGGAUGAAGUUCUUAAUACAUCGUAUAAUCUGUGCGAUUAUCUGCGGAGCAGGGAAAGUUCAUUACGCGACCGGCGCAGUGUCAAUGCCGAGUAUACAAGUCGCUAUGUACUCACGCAUGAUAUGCUACGCGAGACGCAGAUCAGUUUGGGCUACAUAAACAAGGUGUUUUGCUCAAAGUGGCUGAGUAAUCGCCAAGUAGUGUUUGGUACCAAGUGCAAUAAACUGCUGGUCUACGAUGUGAAUAUGCGUCGCGUGGAUGCGAUACCCACGUUAUCAAACAGCCGUGCCAAUCAUCCAGAAAUACAAGGUGGUCUGCAUGCCAUUGAAUUGUCACCAAGUCGUUCGUUUCUGGCAACAGGAGCACGAAAUUCCUCAGACAUUGCCGUGUACCGCUUGCCUACGCUGGAUCCGGUUUGCGUGGGUGAGAACGGGCAUCGAGAUUUGAUUAUGGGCAUGUGCUGGCUGGAUGAUCAGUUUCUUGUAUCGGGCUCCAAAGAUUCACGCAUGGCACUGUGGCGCAUCAAUGAAGAUCAUAUGGAAUUUCCAGAUGGUGGCGAGGAAUCUUGUCCGACAUUUGCCACAAUUCAUCCGCUUAGCGUAAAGGAAGUGCGCACCGCACAGCGGAUACGUUCGCUCUGCUUCAAUAAGGAAUUCAAAGAGAUUGCAGCGCUUUCCUUGAACGGCUACAUACAUAUAUUCAAUGCGGAAACUUUCAAGCAAACGCUCUCCCGUAAACUUCCAAAUUGCCAAGACAAUGUAAGCAUUGCCUAUCAUAGCGAUGGCUUGUACGCAGUCGGCUGCAGGUCCUACACAAUAUUGUUGGAUGCCCGCACAUUGCAAACAAUCAAGAAAAUCACAUCACGCUAUAGUGGCUGUGGCAUACGUGCAACAUCUUUUGAAGGCAAUCUGUUGACUGUAGGCACUGGUCUCGGCAUGCUGCUCUUCUAUGACAUACGCGCCGGCAAAUAUUUAGAGAGCAGCGUAAAUGCUUCUCGCACUGUAGCGCUCAAGUGCAGCAAAGGUAUUGUGUACCCGGAGGAUGAAAUGGAUGGCUUUCAGCAGGUAAAAUAUGUGCCUGCCAUUUAUACACACUGCUAUGACAGCACGCGUAUGCGCCUGUUUGCCGCAGGUGGACCGUUACCUGCCACAUUGGUAGGUAAUUAUGCUGGCGUUUGGCAAUAGGUUUCGUUCCUCGGGUAUAGACUUGUCACAAAACUGAUUAGUGCUUGUAAUUUAAAUUAGUUUUCCACGUAUGCUUUUGUUUCUUUUUUUUAAGAUUGCCGACGUGCAAAACAUGUGAUUUAUAAUUUCGCUGACUUUUAUGUUAGGUACAUACUACAUACAUCUAAUAUUGUAAUUAUAUAAUUUUGUGUCUGCAAUUGUAAAGUGUAUGCAUAAACUUCGCAUAGAUUUAGCCAAUCACAUCUCGUAUUUAUAAAUUUUUACCAA